AUGACUCUCGGCGACAUUAUCAGCCUUCUCACCGCCGUGUUCUACAUGCUCCUCAUCGUCGCUCAGACGUCCCUCUCUUUUGGCCUCGACAUCUUCUCCUUCUUCUUCUCCAAAAAAUGGCAAGGCUUCCUCGCUGACCAACCACCCGUCGUCGUCCAGCCGGACUCGGACCGUGCCACCGUCAAGCUCGGCCUCACCGUCGACACGACCGCAUGCACACAGCCAGAGUGCCACAGUCGCCCUGGCAGCAGACGCAGUCCCGCCCGUGCCCGGCGUGCGGAGGGGAGGCGCGGCAGCCCGGUCAGCGCGGAGUGGCGGGUGGCGUUCCCUCAGGCCAACAAGGCCAAGGGCUUAGUCUUGGGCUUGGGAUCUGACGCCGCCUCGCCCAUCCACGAACGUAUCAUGAGUCUGCCGAUGAAGGGUGCGCAUCGGAAGGGCCAGGAACGCAAGGCUGCCGCGUGGACGCAGGCGCAAGCUCAGCCUACACAGCAAUUCUUGAAUACGGAUGUUAAGGCGAGCAGUCGCGUGGACGACGACGGCUCUGCCUUUUCGGAGAAAAUCGUGAGUCUCGGCGACAUGGUUGAACCGCUGGACGGUGUAGCGCCGGAAAAGCAUCCUGAGGAUCGCUCUUCUGCGCUUGCGUCUCCGGGAAUUGACACUAUCCCUUCUCUCCGCCUGACUCUUCCUGACGGGCAGCAGACCGACGACCAGUCGGUCAUCUUCCGCGUAGGAUCCAGACGGCUGGGCAGCUCGGCGUAUCGGGCUAGGCAGCCGCGCGUGUCCACCACCCACAGCCUGCGAUUGCCGUAG